AUGAGCUCCUGGCUAGAGGGUAAAGCUGUGGGCCACAGCACGCCAACAACCAUAAAUGAACCGACAACAUCCGCUAAAGCCAUGGGGCAAAAGCGCACUAAUAAAGGCCCAUCAAGGUAUAAGCUCUACCAGAGGUCUCUCGCUAUCCUUGGCAGGAUUCGUAAGAACGAGAGCGAAGGUAAAGCUCAUCCCAAAGAUGAGGCUGACAAGGCAAGGUGUCAAAAGGUGGUGGACGAAUACCUGACAUUCCAAACCGCCCGAAAGACAGAGGCCAAAAAACGUAACCGUUCGCAGGACGAAAACAAGAGGGCAACAAAGAAGCACAAGAUCUCAGAUCAGGGUGCGGUUGUCCCCAAACUUACCAAACAAUUCAGUGAGGUGGCACGGGACCAUCUUCAAAUGGCACCGGUGGACGAAACUUCCAACCGCGGCAAGCCUGUGCUUGACAAAUGGUCGGAGAUUGAGGCUCGGUUGUCUCGCAUAAUCGUCGACCAUGUCAUGGCGAACCCGGAGGGUCAAUCCCCAGGUUUCGACUCGGUGGAAGUGGUUCGCGGUUGCCGGGUAAUCAAAUGUGAUGACCAGUACUCAUUGCAUUUCCUGACAAACGCGAUUGGCGAAAUUCAGAACAGCUGGGAUGGCUUGAGGCUCAAGCUCAUUCCAGCUAGCGAGAUACCACGAAGGCCGAAGGCUCGCAUCUGGAGUUUGAAGCCAAUCAGUUGA